AUGUCCAAAGCGAAUCAACCGAGCUUGUCUAGGAACGCUAGGAAUUGGGAAGCGGAGACCGAUGAGCCUCGCUCCACACUGGUGGCAGCGCCCGCUGACCUACCCCCUUUCGAGGAAGAUAUGAAUUUCGAAGAGUGGCUCUUAACUGCCAAAUUCAACCUUCCUCUCUAUAGCUGUUGUCAAAGAAUACCUCUUAUCCUUCGCGCUCUCCCGCAUGAUUUAUUCGUGGCCGCAGUCGGAGCUGGCAUCAACCACGACACGGAUGUUGACCAAUGUUGUGAAAUAUUGGCUCAACUGGUCAUCGAUCAUGAGGAGGGAACCCUGGCUAGGGACUUCUUUCAGCGUUUUCAAAAAGUUGAUGAGGCCGACGAAGAGUACGCCAGCAACCUCCAACUCCUGGCGGAACGUGCGUUCCGCGGCUGCCCCCCAAACAAGAUCGCCAAUUGGGUUGCAGUUCAGUUUAAACACAGAAUCCGACCUUCCACCUUGACUGAGAAGCUCUGCGGGGCAAAGACUAACUCGUGGACCAAUUGGUCAAGCUUGCAACCAUGA